UUAUACUUCACACAGAGAUUUUUACCUAAGAUCGUUUUACCCUUUGCAAACUCCUUCAAAGUUCUCAUAUGUAACUAAAACUGUUCGUCAUAAGUAACUUCCCAUAUAAUCAAAAAGAUGAUGCGCAUCCAGGAUGCCAGGAAGCUGCUCCUGAGUCGCUUGCCAGCAAUGAUUCAAUACCCUUUGGCUCGUGAGCAAAAGACCCUGCCGGUCUACGAUUAUGCCUGCCAGAAUCCGCCCAAAUGGGGCUACUCGCCCUUUGGCCGGGAUCAGAAGACCUGGUCGGAGUGGACCUUGGCCCGGCUAGAUGAUCUCCUGAACUGGGGCCGCAAGGGCUCCCUUUGGCCCAUGACCUUUGGCCUGGCCUGUUGCGCCGUCGAAAUGAUGCACAUUGCUGCCCCCCGCUAUGACAUGGAUCGCUACGGAGUGGUCUUUAGGGCUUCUCCCCGUCAGGCGGACGUGAUGAUUGUGGCCGGAACACUGACCAACAAGAUGGCACCGGCCAUGCGAAAGGUCUACGACCAGAUGCCCGAGCCCCGGUGGGUCAUCUCGAUGGGCAGCUGUGCCAAUGGCGGUGGAUACUAUCACUACUCCUACUCGGUGGUCCGUGGUUGCGAUCGCAUCGUUCCGGUGGAUAUAUACGUGCCGGGAUGUCCACCCACGGCAGAGGCCCUUAUGUACGGGGUUCUGCAGUUGCAGAAGAAGAUCAAGCGCAUGAAGACGCUUCAGAUGUGGUACAGAAAGUAGGGGAAAUCUCUCCUAGAAAUAUUUUAAUGGGUUUUUUUAAGCAUUAAAAACGGUAAUCCCUUAAA